AUGGGGUCGGUUGAAGGUUGGGCAUCAGCGCCUCGGUUCGGCGAAAUUCAUCAACGUCGGCAAAAGACCUUUUGCACACGCUUUGGAAAGAAAGAUCAGGAGGUUUGGGCACACGUGGCUUCUGAGUUCGACUCGCUGAAGACCAAGACCCCACCAGGGCAGUCAGAUGGAGCCAUCGGCCAGGCGUUUUCACUUGAGAAGGUGGUGAAUGCGCUGCAGGUGGGCGAACGGGAGCUGCGCAAUGUCGCCUGCAAUAUCUGCUGGACGGUGCCCUUGUUCGAGUCAAUUGAUGGGGAUACCCUUUCCUUGCAAUUGAUCGAAAAGUUCGCGAAGGCCAGGUUCUAUGCUGAUGGUAAGCCUAAAGCGCCCCGUUUGUGGCCCAGCAUCGUCAUCCCCAUUGCUUUGAUGCAGAAGGACGACUUGCCUCCCAAGACAACUUGGAAGCGCUACGGUGGCGACAUUGCCGUGGCUGCUUUCUGGUACGCCUUUGCCAUGGCGAAGAAGGAUGGCCUACCAGGGCCAGACCUGGAAGCUUUCCGUUCCCUGGCCAGGACUAGCGGAGCGCUGAAUGUGCCGUUCACUUUCAAGUACUUUGCGACGGAGGGUGAGCGCUUCGCUUGUGCAACAGCAUUGUGCGAAAACGUUGAGGAGUUGCGGGAGUACUUUGGCCUUGACUGCGCAAGACUCGUGCAGGUUGUGCUGAAUGCAAAGAAGCAGGUCGAGGAAGAGAAGCGGAAUGUGACCGACAAGGUGACCAAAGAGCGCAUCAGUGCAUGGCUGCGAGAGAAGAUCCGUUGGGCUGACCCGAAGCGUUGCCCGAAGCCGGAUACGUGCGGGCAGCUUUUGCAGAUAGGCGAGUGGCUUUCCCGUUCCCAUCGGGCGAGGAGUGCAAUGCAACUUGCCCGUGUUGUCUGCGGCAGGACUACGUGCUUCGAUGAGUACAGCAAAGUCUUGUUGAUGACGCAGAGGAGCAUGAACACGGAGGACUUUGAUUUCGCUGUAGAGUUUCUGACCAUGAAGCUCUUUCGUUCCCAGGCGCCCGAAAACCCUUCUCUCUCGGAACUUCACAGUAAAGCUGGUGAGUUGUCCUUUGGCUUGUUCGCCCGCAAGUAUGCCACAGAAUUGUGGGCUUCUUGCUCAGGCGCCUGUUCUACAAACGUGCCGCCUCAGAUCCUCAAGCGGGCAAAGGGUGUCCUGAUGUCUCCGCUGACCUUCCAUGAUGAGUUUCCUUUGCAGGCUGUGAAGGAUUUGUCCUGGGUGGCAGCCUUGCCAAAACCUUUGAGCAUGGCAGUCAACCACAUGAAGCAAGUCUUGUCGGGCGAGUACAACUCUGACAUCAAAGGCCUGCUCUCAAGCCCACCAGCGGGCGGGGCCACGGCUGACCACGCCAAGGGCUUGGAGAAUGUGAAGAAGCAGUUCUGGGUGCCCUUUGACCUCGCCCUCAAGGAGCUCGAGGCAGAACGUGCGGAUACCCAGGCAACAGACCACCAGGUCUCAGAGGAAGCGGGUGGGGAAAGUGUGCAGGCGGACUGCAAAGACACCCUUGCGAAGUUCAAAGCCGACAGUGAUGUUCGUGCAAAGGAGUUCUUGUCCCAGCAUUUGGUGACGGUAGUGCAAAGCGCACCAGCCGCUGCCGCUUUGACGGAGUUGCUGAGGAAUUCAUUGGUGGAUUCCACUGAGAGGCGCAUGGGUUUUUUUGAUCCCAAGAAUUGCUCCGUGCCCAAGAUUUAUGCGACGCAGAGCAAGUGGCAGCGGGUUCCUCUCAUUGACGAGGAAGAAUUCCAGCAGUUUUGUAAGGCUAUUGAUGGGUUGUUGACUCCAGGACGCGACGUCGUGUGUGUGAUGGGGGGCAAGGUUCGCUCCAACGAGGACACCAUCAAUAAAGUCACCCGGGCCCUGAAGUGGUCCAAGAAAGAGUCCAUGUUGAACUACGAUGCGAAGAUGACGCAGGAAAUGGGUUACUUCACGAGGAUGCGCGGUCUCGGGAACGCUGGCGCCGCUGAGAAGCUUUUUCUCUUCUUCAAGGGUCAGGCGCCGAGGGACUUCAAGAAGGCGAGGCUCUUUGUGGAUGCGGGAUCCCGAACAUACAUAGACAGCAUCUUGAAGGUGCCUAUCGCGACAGCGCGUGAGCUUGCCUUGGUUUCCAGAACUUGCUGGGAGGCUUUCUCGAAGAACGAGAAGAGCGAGUGUGUGGUGGAGGCCUUUGAUGUUGAGGCGGAGUCAGGCAGUGACGAUGAGCACGGUGAGCCAGCAGACACGACGGUCAAGAAGAGGAAGUACCCCAAGCGAGGUACCGCCUUGACCCGGCAGCCAUCCUCAGAUGAGGUGCUCCUCUUUGCGCAUGACAACAGUGCCCUUCUGAUGAAGGAAUUGGCGCACGAAUGCGGCGCCCGCUGGUGUAUCCAUGCUUCCCCGGAACUGGGGUUGCCAACGAUUGCCAUUGUGAAGACGGAGCUCCACAAGACUGAGUUGGAGAAGGCCCUCCGAUCCCGGCUGGCCCAAGACUUGCCCAUCAGCGGUUCGGCGUUGGGCAACGCAGAGCUGGCACGGCGAGCCUUGGCUUUGGGUUUGACAAAACCCGCUCCUCUGCGAAAGCGCAAGGGCCAAGAGGCUGACCUUGCUGAUGGUGCGUCCUCUGAGCCGGAGCCGCCCCAGUAUGAGACACCGCCAAAGAGCAAGAAGACCGACAAGGAGAAUAAGGACAAAACCGAGAAGAAAAAGGAUUCCAAGAAGCACAAGAAAGACAAGAAAGAGAAGGACAAGAA